AUGGACGUCGAGGACCCGGCAUCUUGGGCCUCGUCUGUCGAGUCGGCUGCUCCCCACGCCCUCCAACACGUUCGGGGUUUGACUCGACACGGCCAGCGGUUUGCUUCCGGCUCUAGCUCCAUCACCGGCGAUUCGUCCACACCCACAGCCCUGGGACUGGUGACGACACGGUGCCAGCCCGCUUAUCCACGUCCAUCCCCUGCCGUGCCCCCUGCGGCGUUGGCGACCAGCGGUGAGCAGCCGUGGUUUUUCUCGCCGUUCCUACAAGACCAGACUGAUCUGCUGGGCCUUGACCAGCAAAUCUUCCGUUCCCCGAUCGCGGACAGCCUGUCUCUCGACGAGAGUCACGGCCACCCUCAGCACCAGCUCACCCAUCCCACUCCUAGCAACACCAUGACCCUGAUCUCACUUGACGGCACACGCGCGAGAGAUGGCGUCUCCAUCCGGCAGAGCGAGCAACAGGCAGCUGCGUUGGACUGGAGCGGCUCGUCCCUGGCGUCCGUCGAACAUGUCGGCAACGUACCGGUACAUGGGCCCACCUUUGGACCUGCGAACCCACCAACGACCAACGACAACUGGGUGGAUGAGUUUCCAUACAUGGUCAAGCCAGAAGAGGCUCCUCUCGAGUAUAGAGAUAUGCAUUUCCGGAUCGCUUUGGCGCCAGCAAAUGAUGAUGACAAUGAUCCCGACGCUGCCGAAGACCCGGAUGCCAACCACGCAGACAAGAAGUCUAGAGGUUGUUUCGACGAUGAGAAGCGAAAACAGACGGCGGACACUCGAAGACGAAAGGCAUGUGUUCGAUGCCGAACCCAGCGGAUACGAUGUGUCGAGAACCCCAACGAUCCUCAUGGCGACUGCAUGACCUGUCUCAGUGUUGAUACAACUUCGCGGAAGACAACCCGGCCCGUUCAUUGCAUGCGCUCCAAACUGACCGAUAUUAUAUUGUACCGUCCGGCAGGCUCCUUAAAUUACACCCAGCGCUGGGACGGAUCACGAGUGACUGAUGUCAACGAUUGGGAUGGCCCGUUGAUUCAACACAUCGACAUGAUGCAGGAUAUUUGCCCCGUCGGCUUCCCAAUCCGGCUGCAAGUACGCAAAUUUCACCCUCGAGAAGGCGACAGAGUCCAUCGCGAAUGGUACACAGCCAGCAAAGCAAGACGACACGAGAUUGCCCCGUACGCUCUGGCAAACCUCUCCAAAACCGUACAAUACUUCAAGGAUUACGUCUCGGAACAUGCUGAACAGGCCUGGCGACAGUACUGGAAGCGGAAAGGACAAGACGACAUCAUCUCGCGGCACUAUAGCGAGGCCAUGGCGCACACCCACUCUUCGCCAGAAAUCACGCUUGGGUCUUCUUGGAUUUCCAGUGAGGACAAACUCGGCAUCAUGCCUGAAACGGACCCGGCAUAUCCCCAACCUAACAAGGCCCCCACUCCCAAGAUGGUCGUUGCCCAGUUUGACAGGCUGAAUCCCAUCUACGUGCUGCGGCAGCUGCGUGCCAAGGUACUCAAAGGGCUGGAAAAACUCACGCAGUCGCCUCGGCGCGAGCCGUUUUUCACAGUUUACAUGACUACAUACAUUCUGCUCCAUGUGGUCACUUUGACCUGUCAAGACCGUCACGGCUACGCAAAGCGUCACAACAAUCGACUUCGCUACGACAUGCCCCCUUUUAUCGAAAAUCUACAGCAUGGCGCCGUUCUUAUGCUCUGUCAUUGGGAUUACUACAAGGGCCGCAGCAAUGCCAAGGGCGAGGACAAGGCGCUCACCCUCGAAGAGAUUCUCGAGAAUGGAAGUGUGUCGCCGUCACAACGAACACUGAUUCUCGACUCAGAAAGGCGUGUGACGCGGUUGAAAGCCGAGGGCAAGAUUGGGACCGAGGAUUACGAGAACCCGUAUUUUUGGAUCAGCCAAAUGUUCGACAAGUCUUGGUCCCCAGGUCAGGUCUGGCAGGCAAAGCACUACUAACUAGCCAAGUGGAGCUUCUGUCGAGGUAUGAGAUGAUGAUAGAAGGCGAAUAACAUGGUGUACCUGCUUUCAUGACGAUCCAUUUUUCCAUCGCAUAUCCCAUCGCAUAUGAGUCUUUUCCAGCUUUGUCUUUCUUCAUCGACGCACUCUAUCGACACAGCACGGCCAUUUGUACCCUAACACUGCGUCCAUUAAGGCGAGAGAUGGUUGUGGUUCAUGGUGAUUGUACUAC